AAUAUUGACAUUAAGAAUAGUGAUAAUGAUUUAAUACUACUUGAUGAUAAAUUAGAAUUAUCAGCUAUAUUUGAAUUAGACCAAACUUUGCUAUAUAAUUCAAAAGAGCAAUCAAAUUUAUUAUCUCUGUCAAUUCAAAAACGAAGAAUAGCU